AUGUUUAGUAAUACACAACAAACUUUGUGGAAGACAGAACAUUUCAUACCUGGUCGAUCCAUUUUUGACGCACAAAAUCCACCUCUUUCAUCAAAUCUAUCUACCAAAUCUAUUAUAACAAAUUCAAUAAUGUCAAAAAAGAAAGAUCAAGAAAAAUUUACUGAAUAUUCAAUAAAUACAGAUGAUGCUUGGGAAAUCGAUGAUGGAACAAUGACAUCAAAACUACUCGAUAAUAAUGUAAAUGAUAAUUUAGAUAUUUCCAAACAGACAAAUGCAGAAAUACCACCAAAAAUUAUUCAACAACAAAAAUUAAAUACAGCUACACUUGAUUCAUCAACUGUUCGAAAACCAACAAAUCUAAGUUCUUCAUAUCCAGGCAUUAGUCGACGAAUCGAUGAUAAUCUAAAUUCAAAAACAUUAAUACCUACGCGAUAUACAAAUAAUACAAAUAUAAUUUCAUCUUCAACAACUAAUAGUACAAGAGUUAAUUUAGUUACAAUAACUGAUAUUGAUCAUCAAAAAGAAAAUAAAUUUAAACAAAUAUUUGAUCAAUCUACAAUUGAUCUUAAUAAACUUCGUAAAGCUAGUUGGAAUGGAAUUCCACACCAAUAUCGUGCACAAACAUGGAAAUUACUUUGUGGUUAUCUACCACCAAAAGUCGAACGACGAGAAGAUACAUUAACACGAAAACGUGAUGAAUAUUGGUCAUAUGUCAAUCAGUAUUAUCAUACACGUACUGAUAGUGAACAUCAAGAUACAUUUAGACAGAUUCAUAUAGACAUUCCGCGUAUGUCGCCAUUAAUGGCAAUAUUCCAACAAGUUGUUGUACAAGAAUUAUUUGAACGUAUUUUAUUUAUUUGGGCUAUUCGUCAUCCAGCCAGUGGUUACGUUCAAGGUAUAAAUGAUCUUAUAUUACCAUUUUUUGUUGUUUUUCUUUCGGAAUUUAUUGACAAUGAUGUUGAUAUUGAAAAUUUUGAUAUUAGUUCAUUAUCUGACACAAAUCGACGUAUUAUUGAAGCUGAUAGUUACUGGGCGACAUCAUAUUUACUUGAAGGUAUUCAAGAUAAUUAUACAUUUGCUCAACCUGGUAUUCAAUAUAAAGUUCGAACGUUAGAAGAACUUAUUAAACGUAUUGAUGAACCACUUUAUCGACAUUUAAAAAGUCAAAAUAUUGAAUUUUUACAAUUUGCAUUUCGUUGGAUGAAUAAUUUACUUAUGAGAGAAUUACCUGUAAGAUGUACGAUUCGUCUUUGGGAUACAUAUCUUGCUGAACAAGAUGGUUUCUCGCAUUUCCAUUUGUAUAUAUGUGCAGCAUUUCUUAUUCGUUUUUCAAAAGAUCUCUUACGAGAAAAAGAUUUUCAUGGUUUAUUACUUCUUCUUCAAAAUUUACCAACACAAUCAUGGACAAGUGAUGAUAUAAGUAUAUUAACAGCUGAAGCAUAUCAAUUAAAAGUUAUGUUUGCAAAUGCUCCACGACAUUUAUCAAAUUCAUGA